UACAAAUAAUUCGCCUCCUUCAGAUCCAAUCUCGCCUGUAACUGCACAAACUCUGUAUCUGUAUGUAGGUUUCAUUUCCAACGCCAAAAAUGGUGGCUUUGUCAGUGAAAUCCUUGUUUACCAUUCUAGUGGUCUCUCUUGCUCUCCUUCUCGCUAUCAUUUUGCUUGCCCCUUCUUCUCCGUUCUCCCAGAUCUCACUUCCUUUCAAUUCACCUCUAAAAUCAGAUAUAUGGACUGUCCGGAGAAUCGUUGAAUGGAGACCUUGCAAGUGGUGGCUACAAGGAGAUCUAACUGCUCUGCCAGUAGAGACUAAUGGAUAUAUCCGAGUGGAUUGCUAUGGUGGCCUCAAUCAGAUGCGAAGAGAUUUGUGCGAUGGUGUUAGUAUUGCACGUCUGUUAAAUGCAACCCUGGUUUUGCCAAAGUUUGAAGUGGCUGCAUAUUGGAAUGAAUCAAGCGGCUUUGCAGAUGUAUUUGAUGUCGAAUACUUUAUUCGCCAGAUGAAUGGCUUUGUUAAGGUUGUGAAAGAGUUGCCAUCAGAGAUUGCAUCGAAAGAGCCUUUUCGAGUAGACUGUAGCAAACGCCGAGGCCAAUUUGAUUACGUUGAAAGUGUUCUUCCAUCAUUGUUGGAACAUAAUUAUAUUUCAAUUACACCGGCAAUGAGCCAAAGAAGAGACAGGUAUCCUCUAUAUGCUAAAGCUGCCCUUUGUCAAGCUUGUUACAGUGCAUUGCGCCUCACAAGAUCCUUGAAGAAGAAAGCCUCUGAGCUUCUAGAAGCCAUACCCAAACCCUUUCUCUCACUUCAUCUUCGUUUCGAACCUGACAUGGUAGCAUACAGCCGAUGCGAAUACUCGGGCCUUUCUUCUGCCUCCAUCAACACCAUUGAGGCUGCACGAGGAGAUAGAAAACCAUGGACUGGAGAGUUGGCUCGCAUUUGGAGAAAACGAGGGAGGUGUCCUCUUACCCCUAAUGAAACGGCCUUCAUACUUCAAGCACUUUCCAUUCCCACAAACACAAAUAUAUAUCUCGCAGCUGGGGAUGGUCUGAUGGAACUUGAAGGUUUAACAUCUGUUUACACCAAUGUAGUUACCAAGUCUAGCCUCCUUACUGGAGAGGAUUUCACGAGUAUGCAUGGGAACACAAAAGCCGCAUUGGAUUAUCACGUGUCUAUUAACAGUGAUUCUUAUGUGGCAACAUAUUUUGGAAAUAUGGAUAAGAUGGUUGCGGCAAUGAGAGCUUUGAAGGGGUUGUACAAAACUCUUUUUUUAAGCAGACGAGCUUUUGCAGAGUUCACUUCACAGGGUUUUAGAGGGAAAGAUUUGAUGCAAGCCCUAUGGAAGGCUCACAGAGAUGAUUAUGUCAUGGGAAGAGGGUCUGCUUUGCCCGACUGUUUUUGUGAAUUUACCUUGUGAUUUUCGCCUAAGGAUUCAUCUUAGAU